GACCCCGCUGCUCCCCACAGGAGGGGAGGGGGCUCUGUAGGGGCGGAUCGGGCAGACUGCGGCUGCAAGAGAGAGGAAGGCAGCCCUUGGCAAGCCAUUCAUUCAGCCCCGACGGAACCGACGGCAAGGAGAGCGGCAAGCGGAGAACUCAACCGAUGGGCGGACCGGACUGAAGAGAGAAGGCAGGCAUUCGCCCUUCGGAGCCGCUUGCCUCGCCAUGGGUACCGUCUGACAUUAUUCUCAAUUCAGGAGCUCUCAGGAGUCAACUUCAGUUAAUAUUCCUGUCAAAGAAGUAAAUCUACUUGUGAUCCACCAAUGGAGAACCAGUCCUGGGACUUCUUUGGGACACCCUUGGGCAAUUCUAGCACCAACCAGACUCUUCUAGAAAAAAUGCCCCAGUUGCCUCUGGAGGUGCAGGUAGUAACCAUCUUGCUGGUGCUGCUAAUCUGUGGGGUAGGAAUUGCAGGCAACAUCAUGGUGGUCUUGGUGGUCCUUCGCACCAAGCACAUGGUGACUCCUACCAACUGCUACCUGGUUAGCCUGGCUGUGGCUGACCUGAUUGUGCUGCUUGCGGCAGGACUGCCCAACAUUUCCGAAGUGGUGGCAUCCUGGGUGUACGGCUAUGCUGGUUGCCUGUUCAUUACCUACCUGCAGUACCUGGGCAUUAACAUCUCCGCAUGCUCCAUCACUGCCUUCACUGUGGAGCGCUAUAUCGCCAUUUGCCAUUCCAUCAAAGCACAGCUGCUUUGCACCGUGGCCCGGGCCAAGCGUAUCAUUGCCUGUGUGUGGUUCUUCACUGCUGUGUACUGCCUCAUGUGGUUCUUCCUUGUGGACAUCUCCCAAGCUGUAUUCGCUGAUGGAAUGAAAGUCAGCUGUGGCUACCGUGUCUCUAGGAACCUCUACAUGCCAAUCUACUUCUUGGACUUCACCAUCUUCUAUGUCAUCCCCCUUGUCUUGGCCACUGUCCUUUAUGGCCUCAUUGCACGCAUCCUCUUCAUGAACCCGCUGCCUGCCUCCCCGCAACAUGCAGGCCAGCUGAGCAAACAUAACAACUCCAUUAGCACCUCCAGCUCCAUGAAGCUCUCCUGCCGGGGGAACAAGAGUGCCCUGAGCUCCAGGAAACAGGUGACAAAGAUGCUGGCUGUGGUGGUGAUCCUCUUUGCCCUUUUGUGGAUGCCGUACCGCACCUUGGUGGUGGUCAACUCCUUCAUGGACCCUCCUUACCUGAACAUUUGGUUCGUUCUCUUCUGCAGGCUCUGCAUCUACCUGAACAGUGCCAUUAAUCCCAUCAUUUACAAUGUGAUGUCUCAAAAAUUUAGAGCUGCCUUCAAAAAGCUAUGUAAAUGUGAAAGGAAGAGAACUGAAAGUACCACUCAGUUCAAUGCCCCGGUCUUUUAUAGUACCAUGAAAGACUAUUCCCAUGACAGCUCAGAGCAUGACAUUACAGAACAAGAAGAUCUCAAUGGUUAUCCAUCAGUGGGAAGGAAAAGUAAAUCUUUGAAAUAAACAGGUCAUAUGGCAGUUUCAGAAAUAAAUGGAGAACAUGCUGUAUUUCUAAUGUUACCCUCUGGCCAUCUGGAUCCAAUAUUUGAUUUUGGAUUUCUUUAACAUUAAAUUAGCUUCAGUGGUGGCUAAGAUGUUGUUUCAUGUUUUAGUAGGGGAUUGGCAACUGCUGGGAGUUAAAGAGCAAUAUAGCAGAUCUUGGAAGGCCAUAACCACCAGAAAAAUAUCAAAUUUUGCCCUUGAACAUCCUCUAAACAUGCCACAGUUUUGCCUCGUUUUAGCCUUAGAAGAAACAUUUUUUUUCAGCAGGAAAUGACCCUAAUUUUUUAAAGAUCUCUUCUAGAUUUAAAGUAUCUAAGAGGGAACAAAUGACAACAUUUUCCCAGUGCCUCAAGGAAAAUUGGACAAUGACUCCUCUUUCCUUCUUUCUUUUUCUGGUUCCUCCUUCCCUUAUCCUCUGGAGCCAUGAAACAUCCCUGUAGGUGCAUGCAACCUACCAACAAUUGAAUUUCCUCUCAGCCACAUAAAUAACUCCCAUUAAGUGUUCACCCCUUACGUCAUUACGAUCACGAGGGGUAGAGAAUAUGGCAGCUCUUGCUUGGCUCCACCACCUCCAUUACAUUCUUGUUGGCUGGGCAUCACUGUUCCCCAUGCUAGGAGAUGGGGGCAAGGGCCUAAAUGUUACUGGAAAGGUCAGGUUUGUAGACUUAGGACUCUUUCACAGUGCCCCUAUAUCCCAGGAUUGGAUUCCAGAUAAUCUUCUUAACCCAAAUUUUCUGGCAGUGGAGACUCAUAUAAUCUAUUUUAAAUCAGAUAAUCUGGGAUCAGAUCCUGGGAUAUAUAGCACUAUAGAAGGGACCUUAGGUUCCCACCAUAAUUUAGAACUGGGAUAUAAUAGAUUCUACUAAAAGGUCAAUCUUUUUACUGCUUAUCUAGAUCAAGUGAGGCAAGCAAACCCAGUUUUCAAGAGGUUCAUCCCUUAUGGGCUGGGAAUAGAUGUAUCAGAAGUUUCUUUUUCUGUUCAGUUUUCCUGCACCUGAAACUGUUUUCUGCACAGAAAAACUUGCAUUCUUUUCAGGAUAUUUGAAUAUCAGGAGAAAUUAUGAAAAAUUCUCACAUAUUAUUCUUCCUCGCAGUUGAGUAAAUAGUUCUCCUCCUUUGGGACAAAUAGUUAAGAAUAUUCUUUCCACCCCAUAUCUGCUUCAACUGAUAAUUUCUUCAGCACACACUGAAAGUGUUAUUUUUGGGCCAUGUCUUCAAGAAUAUUCCAGUCAGUUUGCAAGCCCUUUGGGUAGAGCUCUCCCCUUGUUCUUCUACUAGAUAAUUAUGUUAGCUGGAGAUACCACCAGUAUUCAAAAUGGACCCUUCUGAAUGCAAAGUGUGGGCUCUUCCUCUGAGCUAUGGCCAUUCCUAGUGGACUUUGUUGUGAAAAUGAGAAACUAUCCAAAUUUGUGCCAUCAAUCUGGGGUGCAUAUAAUUAUGACAUGUAGCAACUACCUUAAUGAACUAUAUGGAUAAUACAGCGCAACUCACAAGUACUUACCCAGAUGACAACGUGGGAUAUACCACAAACCAUGGCUUAAAUAGCUCAACAGCAAAACUAAAGAUGUUCCCUGACAGCGUUCAAGAUCAGCAUGACUACUAUCCUCAUUGUUGUUUGCUGAACUGCAAUUUGAAUCAUGUUAUGACUCCCCACUGUGAAUUGCCUGGGGAAUACACACCGUUUUGCUUCUGUCCUGCUGUGCAUUGUUUGGUAUUGCUGUGUCUCCAGGGUUGCAAUUGACUGCUAGUCUUUUUGUAUGGGUAACUACACCAUGGGUGGUUAAAUUGGCUCCAUGAUACAUAUCUUGUAAAUAGCUUGUAAAUAUUUGCAAUUGGUGUGGUUUUAGUGUAUGCCUAUAUGCACACAUUGUCUCUUGUUGCAAUGAUGGCAGUAACAUGAACAUUGACAGUACUGUAUUAAAGUGAAGCAUGCUUCUUAUUUGCAAAA